AUGAUAAAAAUCAAAGGUUUGCACCAAAGAUUAAACUUCUUAGCAAAUAAUCAACCCGAUUGUUUGACAAAGAAGCACAAAUAAUUUGCCAAACAGGUAGUUGAUCAAGGUUUCAACAAUGAUAUGGGCACAAUCGAAGUCAAUCAAAAGAAACUAACUUUGAUGCUUGUUGAUUAUUUAUUGCAUGAAAAGCAGACUUAGGAAACAUUAGUCAUUGCCCUUAGAGUGUUAAACCCUCUCUUGGAAAUAAUAAUGAAGCAGAUCUUAGAAGAUGGAGACGAAAAUAUGGUUGGGAAAAGUGACUUGAUGAUUAGCGUAGUCUUGCAGUUUACAAACAAAUUCAACUAUAGCAUACUUUCUUACUAUGUCCGAAACUCCAAUCAUAAUCCAAUCAGUUUAGUCGCUAAUAGCAGUAUUAGUAAAAAUCUAGAGACCAUUUACAGGAUGUUUGAAAGUCAACCUUACUUAAAAAAAAUUUGGAAUUGCAGCAUGUUAUUUGAUAUGAGAUUAUCUCAACAAGUUUCCACUCUUGACUCUAAAACUUAGUUCUUACUAGCUACCUUAAGACAUCUUGUAUUUCCAGAUGCAGAUACCAAUAGAGACUUCAUCUCACUUAAGUCUAUUGAUAACUUAGACUAUCUCCAGAGUUUAACUAUAUGUAAGCAGGAAGAGAUUGAGAAGCAGGCAUAUUUUGACAGAAUAUUUGGCACCGAGUUACAAGUUAUUGAGCAGCAGCUGUCUAAUGGCAGUAUGCAGAAUAAACAUCAUAAGAAGGUAAUGACUAAUUACCUCUAGGGUAAAGUUAAUGAGGUAUUAAAAGCUAUGGACGAGAACAUAUUUUAACACUUUGUCAUUUAAGGAGAAGAAGGCAGUGGCAAAAUGUCAUUCGUUGAAUUGCUCUCACAUUCAUUUCAUGAGACAUAUGCAGUGCAUAAGAUUGAUAAUCCAUAUAUCGUUGUCACACUAGAGGAGACAUUUGACUCAAAGAAUCUAGUUGGUACAUAUGUAUGCAAUGAAAUAGGAGAGUUUGUAUUCAAGAAGGGACCGUUGACUGUGGCUGCAGAGCAAGGUCUCUGGCUAAUUCUGAGAAAUAUUGAGAAAAUCCCGUCAGAUCUCAUGACAUUCCUGCUACCAUUGGUCUAAUCUAACGAGUUGCAAGUCUCAUCAGCUCUAACUAUCACCCCAAAGCUUGGCUUCAGAAUAUUUGCCAUCUGCCAGCAAAGAUCAAAUAAUAUAGUGCAUGAAGACAUUAAGCCUUUCUUGAGUCAUUUGAUUGAAGUCAGCUUGAAUAAAAUUGAAUUAAGAGAAGAUUUUGAGGAUAUACUGAGAUAAAAAUAUCCAUCAGCUUUUAAACUUCAAUGGAUGCCUAACAUGCUAUUAGAUUCAGUAAAGUUUAUCAGUCACAAGCUUCAAGUCUAGCUAAAACAUUAGCUUUUAGACCAGAAGUCAGUGUCUGUGAGGCAAAUAUUCAAGAUUUUCAAUAGGAUUAACUAGUUUUUAAGCAUGCAUUUCAAGGAUUCUGAACUUUAGAGUGAUUAAUUUUUCCUCGCUUCAGAUAUUAAAAGAGUACUGAUAGAAGAGAUAACAGAUAUAUACCUUGGAUAUAUUUAUGACAACAAGAUAAAGCAGUUGAUAAUUUAGGAGUUAGUCUAGAAUGUAUGGAACAACUAAAGUGUUGAAAAUGGCAAUAUGCAGUCUUAGCUAGACCCAUAAGCUGUAUCAGACUAUGUCAUGACUCUUACUAGAGAAUAUCAAAUUAACAAAUCAACUUGCUUAUUCGGUAGAUCAAAGCCUUUAUAAGUAAGAGCAAAGCAGUAAUCAGAAGAUGACGAGCAGAUGAAUUCAGACGAUCAAAAUACAAAACCCAAAAGACAAUUUGUUUACACUUCCGCAACACUCAGGACUAUUGAGUAGAUUCUUUAGACAAUUCAUCAUGAUGAGUCAGUAUUGCUGGUGGGAGAGACUGGUACAGGCAAAACUACCUGCGUCUAGUAACUAGCUUAAAUCCUUAAUAAGAAACUUCAUGUUUUCAAUAUGAAUCAGAACACAGACUCAGCUGAUUUGUUAGGAGGUUUCAAGCCAGUCGAUCUCAAGUUCUUACUAAGACCAGUCUAUGAAAAAUUCCUGUAUAUUUUCAAAUCAUUAUUCAAGCCAGAAAAGAACUAGAAAUUCCUAGAUUUGGCUUAAAAGUGCUUCGAGGAAAAUAGAGUCAAGGAGUUCCUUUAAUGCUUAAAUCAUGGAGUCUAGUCUAUUCAGGGAUCUAAGUAAAAGGACAACUAUAAGUAAGAUAUCGCUUAACUUCAGAUCCAAAUCAAAGAAGUCUAGAAGAGAUCCAACAAACUGGAAAAUGGGGGUGGAUUUAUAUUCCAAUUCAUUGAGGGCAAUCUGAUUUCAAGCAUCAAGAAUGGCGAUUGGAUCUUGCUAGAUGAGAUCAACUUGGCUUCUGAGUCUGUUCUGAACAGAAUAGCAACGCUCGUAGAUGGAGACUAUAUUUUGCUGAACGAGAGAGCAGAUAUUGUGGAGACUAAACGACACCCAGAUUUCAGAAUAUUCAUGUGUAUGAAUCCUCCCUACACCUCAGCAGGUAAAAAGUAGCUGACGUGGAGUCUGAGAUCUAAACUGACUGAGAUCUAUGUGCCAGAGAUUGACAACCAGAAUGAUCUGUGGAAGAUAAUCAAUGAGAACUGCUCAAUCCAAGCAAGUGAAAGCCAUAAGAGAAAGAUACUAGAGUUUUACAUUAGAGUUAGGGAGUAGGUGUUUAAGCAGACUAAGAGAGGAAAUAUUGGAUUAAGAAAUCUAUCAAGAGCUCUCUCAUUCAUGAAGGCCUCAAUCUAGCUUAAAUACCCAGUGCUUAAAGCCAUUUAUGACUCACUUUAUACUUGCUUCGCCAGUCAUCUUGACCAAUCACUUCAGUAAUACAUCUAGCAAUUGAUAUUUGGUUUGUUCAACAUUAAAUCACUGCCAGAACUUUCAAUUCAACUAGAGCAGAACAUGUCAGAUAAAUAUAUCUACGUCGAGCAAUUCGUUAUCCCCAAGGGUAAAUUCAAGCCAGUCAACUUUGAUGAGAAAGACUUUGUUACUACAAAGACAUUCCAGUCCUUGCUUAAGUAAUUGGCUUCAGUGGUGGCUAUCACAGACUAUGCUGUGAUCUUGCAAGGCCCUACUUCAGCUGGUAAGACCUCAACCAUUUAAUACCUAGCGAGCAUCACUCAUAACAAGGUCAUCAGAAUCAACAAUCACAUGCACACUGAUAUCCAAGAAUAUCUUGGUUCUUAUGUUCCUGACAAAGAAGGUGGCGGCAAGCUUGUCUUUUAGGAAGGAGUUCUAGUUGAAGCAGUUAGACAAGGCUACUGGGUUAUUCUAGAUGAGCUGAAUUUGGCUCCAUCUGAAGUGCUGGAAGCCCUUAAUAGGCUCCUUGAUGAUAACAGAGAGCUAUUCAUAGUAGAGACUUAAAAAGUAGUUAAGGCUCACCCUAACUUUAGAAUAUUCGCUACUUAGAAUCCAACAGAAGGCUACGGAGGAAGAAAGGAGUUGUCUGAAGCAUUCAAGAAUAGAUUCAUUCUAAUUAAUGUAAAUGAGGUGCCGCUGGAUGAACUUGUUGAGAUCCUCAUUCAUAAAUGCUAGAUGCCAAAAUCAAGGGCAUAGCUGAUGGUCAAAGUAAUGGAGAACCUUCAAAUAUACAGAUCUCAGGGAAACAUCUUCAGUGGAAAAGAAUCAACAAUCACUGUUAGAGACUUGCUUAAGUGGGCUAAGAGACUACUAUCUCUCCAAUCAGUGGGCACUUAAGAUUUAGCAAUGGAAGGAUUUUUAGUGUUAGGCGAGAGAUCAAGGAAUGAGCAAGAUAAGCUAUUCAUUAAGCAGACUAUAGAGAAGUGUUGCAACACUAAAAUUGAUGAGAAGCAGUAUUACGAAGAUUAUUUCAAGAAGAACUUACUUAAAGACUUCAACUAAAUACCUAAUGAGUUGAAUUUGCCAAAGCUGAUACAGUCAUAGCAACUCAAGAGACUUGCAGUACUAAUGCAUAAAUGCCUAAGCAAUCAUGAACCAGUGCUCUUGGUAGGAGAGACAGGCUGCGGUAAAACCACUCUCUGCUAGGUAUUCGCUUCAAUCAAUAAAUAGACUUUGUUUUCCAUCAACUGCCAUCAGAAUACCGAGACAUCUGACUUCAUUGGUUGUAUGAGAACUAGAAAGAACCUGAAGAAUAUAUAGGAUUAAUAUCAGAGCACUCUUGCAGAGAUAAUAGAAUAGAUCAAUCAAAGUAAGAUCAUUACAAAAGAUGAAUACACUGAGCUUGUUUAAAUCUAAUCUCUUAAGAAAAAAUAUUCUUAAUUUCAUAAAUACACAAACGCUAAGAUUACAGAUAAAUCACUUAUUUAAAAGGUGAAAGAUCUCAAAUAAUUAAAAGAAGACUUUGAAUGUAUUUUUGAAUGGCAUGAUGGUAUUUUGGUUGAGUCCAUGUAGCAAGGAGGUUUAUUGUUGAUCGAUGAGAUUUCACUUGCUAAUGACUCAGUGCUAGAGAGAUUGAAUUCAGUAUUUGAAGCAGAUAGAACUCUAGUUCUAAGUGAGAAAUCAAGCAGAGAGGCCAUUAAGAUUAAGGGUGCUGAUAGUUUCAACAUGGUUGCGACUAUGAAUCCCUCAGGUGACUUUGGAAAGAAGGAACUCAGUCCUGCUCUUAGAAACAGAAUGACUGAAAUAUGGGUAGAAUCAUAUUUCCUUUAAGAGGAGCUUUGCAGUUUGUACAAAUCAAUUCUUACCUAAAGUUACCCAGUUAUCUAGGAUAUUUCAAACAGAGUUGAUUUGUAUCUUAUCAUUGAGGAAACUUCAUUAGAUAAACUUCAUAAGUUGAUAAAAGAUAAGUCAAACAUUGUAAAAGUAGCUAAAGGAAUUUUCAACUUUAUUGGGUUCAUUAACUUCACACUUUCUCAUAAGCAUUUUUCGCUCUAAAGGAAAGCAUUGAGUAUCCGUGACAUUCUUAACAUGAUUGACUUUAUUAAGGUCUCACUCAACUUAUUCAAAGGAGAUAUUGUGCAGACAUUUAGACAUGCAGUUGAGUUAGUCAUUAUUGACGGUCUAUGUCUAGGAAUUGAUGUGUCAGGCGAUAAGUAAAAGAGAGAAAUCAUGGAUCAGUGUGAAAACUAUCUUCAAACUCUAGAGUAAGUGAUUUUCUCUCACAGUUAGAAACUGUCACAAAACAAAUAUAUCGAAAAUAAAAAAGUAAUUGGAGUUGAGCCAUUUAUUCUAAAUAAGAUUCAAGUUAAUGAUAGUAAAAAUAUCAAUACUUAUGCUUUUGAUGCCAAUACUACCAAGCACAAUCUCUUGAAACUCUUAAGAGCUUACUAACUAAACAAGCCAAUCUUGAUAGAGGGCCCACCAGGUGUUGGAAAGACUAGUUUGGUAGAAAAUUUAGCCAGAGUGUCAGGCAGAAAGAUUAUCAGAGUCAAUCUAUCAGAGUAAACAGACAUGAUGGACUUGCUAGGUUCAGAAUAUCCUGUCUCUUCUACAAGUUCACACAGUAACAAGAAUCAUAGUGACUCUGAUAAAAUGGAUAUUGAGACAAAUCAAUAACAUCAAGAUAACGAAGAAGAUGAGGAAGAGAUUAGAUUCCAUUGGUGUGAUGGAGUUCUAUUACAAGCACUUAAAGAAGGACAUUGGUUCCUUAUAGAUGAAAUGAAUUUGGCUUAAUAGAGUGUGCUUGAAGGUCUUAAUGCUCUACUUGAUCAUAGAAGAACUGUUUACAUCCCUGAGCUUAAUCAAGAAUUCGUAUGUCACCCAGACUUCUUUGUCUUUGCAUGCUAAAACCCCAGUCAAAGUACCUCUAAUGUCAGUGGCAGAAAAACCUUGCCAAAAUCAUUCCUAAACAGAUUCAAUAAAAUCUACCUCGAGGAACUGACCUAAGAAGACUACUCAGUUAUUAUUACAAGAUAACUACAAAUCAAGAACAACUAAGGAUAGAAUAUUGACGUGGAACUACUGUUGAAUUUGUCUCAUUAAAUUGAAAUGCUAAUUAAAACUGACAAUAACUUAUAUCAAGAUGAGGGUGCUGUUAACAUGAGGGAUUUAUCUAGAUUUAUGCAUCUAUACUCUGAAUUCAAAAUCAAAUAGGGCAAUGAUAAUGACAAAGCACUUUAUCAUGCGUUUGAAAUAUGCUAUUUGCAGAGAUUAAAGCAAGGUAGCAGAUUGUAAGAGGCUAUUCAAUUGUUCAAGAAUAGUGGACUAGUCAGUUUAGACACUCAAAUCCCAUAUGAAAUUAGCAUCCCUGUUAGACUAUCCUAUCACAACUAAUAAGUUACAAAUUUAGAAUUCUAUAGUGAUAUUAAAAAGACAACACUUGAAAUGAAAUAAGAAGUUGACUCAUAAAAUCUACUCUCGCUCUAAUUGAAAGACUAUAUUAACCUAAAAGGAUCUCACUCGAAAAAACUUCAAUAUCUCACUGAUUGCCUUAAUGCUAACAUUCCAUUGCUAGUAAUCACCAAUGACACAUAAAUGCUUUUGUCAAAUUUGCAUACUCUAAGUAGUAUCUCAGGAAAUCACAUGAACAGGCUUUUGCUUAAUGAGAAAUCAGAUACUUCUCAGCUAUUAGGAUGCUUUGAGUAAACAUCUCAAAAUGAUCUUAAUAAAUACAUUAACGAAUUGAAAUCUGAAUUCAUUAACAAAUACAAACCUGAAUUGAUUGAACUUUCUCAUUAAAUCAAAGGCAGAGAUGAUAAGGUCAUAAUUGCUAUUGUACAAUAAUUCCUAAAAAAUCAUUAGGAUAUCAAUGAUAGUGGUAUGGGAGAGAGAUUUAAUCAUGUGAUAAAGCAACUCAAGAAGGGUAGCAGUAGAUUUGAAUGGGUAGAUUCCAUCCUGAUCAAAGCCAUUGAGUAUGGUGAAUGGGUGGUCUUUGAGAAUGCUAAUUUAUGCAACCCUAGCAUCUUAGAUAGACUAAAUCCUCUUCUUGAGGAAGGGAAUUAGUACCUAUCUAUAAAUGAACAAGGUCUGCUUGAAGAUAAUACAAUUAGAGAGAUAAAAGCCCACAGAAACUUCAGAUCCAUAUUUGUUAUCAGUCAUCAGACUUUCGUGGAUUAGGGCAAAGAUGUCUCAAGAGCUCUUAAAAAUAGAUGCUUACAGCUUAAAGUAUACUAUGAUCAUUAGGAACUUAGGCAGUUUUAUGAUUUGGCAAAGGACCAAAAGUCAGUUGAUCUUAUCCACAACUAGAAAGAUUUUGACAUACUUAUUGAUAAAAGAUAUCAAUCUUUUGAGGAUAUUGUUCAAAGUGAAAUAAAUCAAGACGACUAAACUUAACUAGGCAAAAGAUCAACUAGAGAUGAAGAUACGGAAAUUAAGGAAUAAAUUGGUUACUCUAAGGACUAACUUGACUAUUAUUUUAGAUAGAUUAGUAUUCCAAAGGAAUAAAAAGUAUUCUUCAAAGCUUAUCUUAGCUUCUUACUAACUUAUUUUGGCAACUAAGAUUACUUACUACAGACUCUAAAUAACACACCUAAAAGUAAAUCACAAAGCACCAACUAGGCAUUGGUAUUUCUGUAAUAGAACCACAAUCAAUUCAAUAAGGAUUCUUGGCAUUUAUUUUUAAGCCUUUAAGUUCACACCCUUAAGACUAAAAUACAGAAAAUUUUGUCUUAAAACAGAUAAAUGCAUUUGAACAAGCAGGCUAUGACAUUCAUAUAGAGCUCUAUGUCUAUUGAAUAAAAAUCGGAGAAUAUUCAGAGCUAUGUGAUACUGCUCAAGUAAAUCUAUGAAGGUCUAAAGAAAAAAGACCUCAACAUUUUGAGCUAUGUUAGUGUUUAUCUCUUCUCCAAAGCUAGUUUAAAUCAAGAAACGAUCAAUAAACUAAUCACUCAGAAUGAUGAUCAUAUAUUUUAAGUCAUUCUCACCCGCGCUUAGCAAUCCUAAGGAGCCACUUAGGAUCUGGCUUUAGUCAAGAACUAGGGUAGUAAUUAGUUGAAGCAACAAGAAAUUCAAAGAUUCAAAGAAAUUAGAAAUCUAAGGAAUGAGAUUAACUAGAUGCCCAUGAAAUUAUGCAUUGUGGAUCUGAGUAAUAAGUCAUAGUAACUGACUAGAACUUCUAUUAAGACCUUAAUGGAAAACUUUAAUGUUAUUGUUAUGGAUGAUGACAAAUAGAUUCUCAAAUUUGACAGUUAAUCAGACAAAUUUGAUCUAUACAUGAUCUAAGAAAAGCUAUUCUCACCCUAUAUGAUAAUGAUACCUAAUGAUUAGUCUAAGAUCUUAGUCUCUUAAACCUAAAAUCUAUAUUUAAGUCUUAAUUUCCUUAAAGAUCAAACUAAGCUGCUAAGGUUAGAUACUUCACACAAAAAGCAGCAUUACUUAAAAAGACACACCAACUUACCAGGAUUAUAUGAUUCCUUCCAAUGUGAGCUUGAAAUUUAUUUGAUUAGACAGUUGUCUUUAAGUAAUCUUAGACAAACCUAUGGAUUUGAAAAUGACAAAGUUCAGUUGCUAGAGUCUGUGAUAGAAGCUGAGAAUAAAGUUAACUUAAGAGACCUACCAGCUUAUUUCAUCUGCAAUAGCGGUCUUUAGAGGCAAAUAUCAAAGCUGAUUGUAGAAUAAAAUAAUCAAAGAAUGACAAAGAAGUCAUUUAAGGAGGUCAUAUUGAGCGAUAAAAGAAUUGAUUAAGAUAUUAAAAAUGCACUUUAGAACAUUGAUCCUCAAUUGUUAGAAUAGAAAAGGCAUCUCCAAAGUUAAGAUAAUUAGAAAAUUAAUUAAGCACUGGAUGAUAUCCAAGAUUCAUUAGUAAUACUAUAGAACAUUUAGGUUAGUGAGCUACUCGAAACUCUAUUCAUUAUUCCCUUAGAGAUAUUCAGACUAGAAAAGAUAAGGAUACUUGAACAGCACUAGCAUUUCGCUCAUCUCAACUUCUUACUCUAUCAACUAAGAAGCCAUGCUGAAGCAAAUAGACAGACCAGCCAUAUCUAAGAAUCAAUCUAGCAGUACUAGUAGACUAUAUCCUAGCUAGAAAAGGUUAAGCCAGAUCAUGAAGCUACCUAGUUGCUUAAAAAUCUCCUAUAUUUUGUGAAAGAUAUCGGGGUUUAACUUUAUGACUUGAUGCAGAAUCCAUUCUAAUUGCUAAGCGACAGUUCGAAAUUCAGAUAAAUUUAUGAAAAAUGUGAAGUGAUAAAGAACAUGUUAGUUAAGGGCUAUGAAAUGUUCUUUGUGAGUUUCAAUCAUAUGGUUGGGCUAUUCUUCAGCGCCAUAUUUGCCUUUAUACAAGGAUAUCAUAGCUUUAUAGUACAUAGCUCACUGAAUCAAUAAAUCAACACACUUCAAACUACUUUAUUGAGUAUUAAGCAUGAUAGGUAAACACUUCUCUACAGUAACAUAUUGGUGAAUCAAGUUAGAAACUUCACUAGGUAAAACCCAGAUGCUUAGAUUAUGUUUGAGCAGUCCCUAAAGCAAUUGAUUAAAUUCAAAAGAAUAGCUUACUCAAAGAUAGAUAGAGACCUGACUACCUACAUCCUGGAGUACUUUGUCAGAAGAGAAAUCGGAAAGAAACUCAAACAAGAACAAGAAAUGGAUGAUGCUGAGUCUAUUAUCUAUUAGUUGCCAUUCAAGAUGAAAGUCCAAUCUAUAAUGGAGAACAACAAAGCUAUGGAUGAAAGAACCAAGGAGGAUAAAGAGAAAAUGGAAAAGGAAGCUAAACUUGAAAUCGAGACAAACUUCCCCUCAUACUUCGAUGAAUUCUAGAAGACUUUGUUCUCAGGAUAGUAAAAAGAGAGAGUAGAUCCAGUAAGAAAUAGAAAGACUGAGAUCAAGGCUCAUUCGAUCCUCAAUGAACUACUAGCCCUGGAUAACUCAUCAACUGAUAACUACAAGAAAGCCUUCAUUAAGCUAAGAGUCAAGAUGGUUAAGUCUUUCUAUGAGAACUAGGCAGUGACAAGUCAGUAUCCAAUAAAUCUAUAAGAAGAGGAUCUAUACUUUAUGACUGAGGCACAAAACUAUCUGAGAGAGGACUUGAAUAAUCAUCAACUACCGUCUGUGAUGAAUGUGUCUGAUGUUAAACUGCAAGAAACCUACAACUUCUAUCAUGAUCCCCUGCCUCAUGAAGUCAGGUUGGUUUAUGAUCCUAUCAUGAAACUCAUGAUCAGAAUCAAGAAUAUACUAGCUGAUUGGGAAAGCCCAAUCCUAAAUGAUGCUCUGUUCCUAUGCAACUUCAUAAUCACUGAUUGUAAGCCCAAAUUGACACCAGUUAUGAAAAUCCUAACAGGUCUUGAGCUUAUUCUAAACAAGCUUGAAGAGUGGGAGGUCUACGCAAGCAAAAGCAUCAAUUCAACAGAUGCUUAAAUGACCUUGCUAAAACAACUUAUCAUCAGAUAUCGUAAAAUAUAAAUCCUUUCAUGGCGAAACCUCCUAUCUUGGAAAAAGAAUAAAAUGAUCAAGGAGGACUUUGAGAAUUUUAUCAGACUUGCUCACACUCUUGAAAGACAAGUUUUUGAUAAACUUCACUAUAAAAGCCAGAAACAGUCAAAGACUUCUUCUAGCAACCCUAACUUUGAAAUUGAAUUCAAGAUAUUUGAGUUGCUUGACUUGUUUAUCAGAGACAGCAGUCUAGGCCAGUUCUAAUCGAGAAUGAGAUUUGUUGAAAUCAUGCUUGAGAAUUUCAAAGCUAAGGCAAAUGCUAUUAAAUAUCCUCUGCUCAAAGCACAGUAUAAGAACAUCAAUGAGUAAAUGACUCAAAGAUUAGAGUAUAUGACAAAUAUCUUGCAUUUUGUGCUAAGUUACUAUAAUUAGUUCCAGCCAAAGUUGAUCUCUACAAUCAAGAGGCUAGAUGCUGAAGCGAGAGAUAAAGUCAAGACUCUCAUAGAUGUAAGCAAGUGGACAGUUCAAAAGUUCAACAUAGUUAAGAACAAUAUUGACAAGACUCACAGACAACUCAAUAAGGCUGUCAAACUUGAAGAGGAGAUUCUCAUGCAAAAUAUUGCAUCUUUGAUUCUAACUUCAUCAAGAAAGAAGUAUAUUAAAGAUGACAGCUAGCUUUAAGGUCUAGGAGGAGAGAAAUAGGUCUUGGCUGAAGAGAUACCUGAUAAUGGCUUUAAAAUUGAGAGGGAGUUUGUGAUUCAAACUGAGAAUCAGAUCAUCAAGUAGUUGCAAUUCCUAGAGAAGAAGUAUAUUGAGACUAAAUACCCAGAUCCUUACUCAAUUGAAUACACUAUAGGAGAUAUGUUUGAAAGAAUCAAACUAGUCAGAGACAUUAACAAGAAGCAUAUUCAGAGAAGAGCAUUCAUAGAUUUACUCAAGUUCAUGAAAGAUCAAGGCCUUUAAUAGAAUUUUCAGACUAAAAUGUCUCAUAUGAUCAUUCAGAAUAAGAUUGUCAAGACUAACGAUGAGUAAUAUGAAAAGUACUACUAUAAAAGUCACGAGUUGAUGAUGCUUCUUGACAAUUCAGGUCAGGUUGAUGAACAUAGUGAUCUAAGGAAUGUUGAUAUCAUUAGAAUCAGAGGAUUUUCACAGUCACUUGUUCUUAAGAUGCUAUAGAUAAAUCAAUAUAUGAGCUAGAUUAAAAACAUUGUAGAACCAUUAAAUAAACUUGGUUAGCAGACUAAGGAUUAUUUGACUGUAAGUGCUGAAAAUACCACUACUUUAAAUUCAAGCAAAUGCUUUAAGUAUUAGAAAAUUGUAAAAAGAUUCAAAGUAGCUUAUAAGAACUUAAUAGACAAGGUUAAACUAGUUGAGAUAAUUGAUUCGAAGUCUACUUCAACUGAUUUCACUUAAAUCAACUACAAGAGUAUUAAUAAGACAAUUUUAACUUCUAAGUCAUUCUACCAUAUAACCUCAUUACUAGAAAUUCUAUUGAAAGAAAUUGAAUAAAAAUUGACUUCAACUUCACUUUAGAGACUCUAGAUUGUUUUAAAUGAAUAAAAAGAAAUUUUCAUUACUAUGCAGCAAGAACUAAGAGAUAUCAAUCCUGAGAGAGAUAUGAUAGACGAAACUGCAGUUAAUAAUUUAUCACUUAACAAGAAAGUUACAUUACUGUAGAAGUAAGUACAAUUGCUAUUCCAAGAUAAAUUGAAGCUGUUGGAGGAAAUACAUCAUGCUUAGAGAAAAAACAGUUUGAGUGAGACUACGAUGUCCAAUGACGAUACUUCGCACUAGAUGCCAUCUGACUAGAUGAAAGUAGAGGAAGAUUUAAUUAUUGACCUUAGUAUUAAGGAGAGACAAGAGUAUGUUGAGAAAUUACAAUAAUUGAUGCAGAACCAUAUUCCUUAGAUAGUGGAAAAUGCUCAAAAGAUAUUUGGAUUUAAGGGUAUUGGGGAAGUAUCUGAAAAUAAUGCAUAGAUGCAACUAGCCGCUUAAUUGAUAGUAAAAGUGCAAGGUAUAAUCGAAUUUAUAAAGUAAAAUGAAGAAAAAUACCUGAAAUCUCUGGCAAAGUUUAGUUAUAUCUCUCAAAGAAUUUUCAUCUAUCUUAUUUAUGAGGGUUUCUGUGGAUAAGAUGAGUAGGAUUAAGAUCAGAAUUAGCAAGAGAAUGAAGAAGAUGAUAAGUAUUUUGAGCAAGAUGGUUGUGGAAUGGGAGAUGGCCAAGGAGGUGAAUAGAAUGUCUCUAACCAGAUUGAGCAUGAAGAGUAACUUGAGGGUUUGAAGAAUUACGAAUCAGAUGAGGAGAAAAAAGAAGAAAAGCAGGAAUAAAAGGAUAAGAAGGAUGAACAAGAAGGCGAUGAUAAUGAUUUUGAGAUGAAGGAGGCGGACUUUGACGGGGAACUAGAAGAUGUUCCAGACAAGCCUGAGGAAGAAGAGGAUAAAAAGGAUGAUGAGGACGAUGAAGACGACGCUAUGGAUAAGGUAGACGACCUGCUGGACAAUUAACUUUGGAAUUAAAAUAUGGAAGACCUUGAGAAGCAGUAAGAAGAGGACGAGGAGUAGAAGAAGGAGGAAAAAGAGAAAGAAGAGAUUGAUCUUGGGGAGAGAAAACUUGAUCAAGAGAAUUAACUGAAGGAUUAAGAAAAAGAGAUGAAAGCAGGUGAUAGGGAUAAGCAGGACAGAGAAGAAGGUAAAGGUGAAUAAGACGAGCAAAAUAAGGAUGAAGACCUUGAUAUGAAAGAUGAGGAUAAGUCUCAAGAUGGGGAAGAAUUACCUGAAAACUAGGAGGAAUAAGAAGAAAUACCAUUGGACAGAGAGAGUAACGUUGGUGAAGAUGAAAAAGAGUAAGAAAAUGAGGAAAAGAAUUAAGAUGCUGACAUGGAGGAUGUGAAAUCUCAAUCUGAUAAUGAAGGAUAAUAAGAUGAUGCUGACCAAAAGGAUAAAGUGGAAGAUGAAAACAUCUAAGAAUUUGAUGACUAGUAAUAGGACUAAGAAAUCUAAGACUAAGAGGGAUAAGGGGAAGAUGAUCAAGAGAAGCAGGAUGAGCAAUAUAAAAAAGACUUCAAUAAAGAGAUACUUGAAAAUGAUCAGAUACAAUCCUUGGACUAAGACCAGUAAAAGUAAAAGGAAAAUGAGCAAGCAAACUUGAAAAAGCAGCAAAAGAAAAGUUCAACACAGAAUCAGCAAUAGAAUAAGAACAAAGAGAACUAAUCACAAGCUUAGGAUCUUGAUCAGUAGACCUAGUUUGAUGUAGAUGGCAGUGACAUUUUGUACUAGUUAGCUUAAAAGAUUCAAUAAUAGCAGGAAUAGAAACCUUAGCCAUAGUAGCAGUAAUAAAAGCAGUAGUAAGAGGACAAGGACAAGGCUACAAUUGAAUAGCCUAAAAUGAGUAAAGAUUAGCAAGAUAAAGACUAGUCUCAGCCACAACCUAAUCCUGAAUAAGAUUAAUAACAAGACGGUUAAGCUAUGGAGUAUGAAUUCGAUGACUAAGCAGAGCAAUUGCAGGGAAAGCUAGCCACAGAUAAAAUUGAGGAAACUAAGAAGCAGGUUGUAGACGAGUAGAAUGAAAACAAUAAAAUACAGAUGGAUGAAGAUGAGGAAAUGAAAGAUGAUGAUAACAUGGUUGAUGAUCAGAACUAAGAUAUAUAGUAGACAUAGUAAGAAAUUAAAAACAAGAAUAUGAAGCAGGCUGUGGAGUAAGAAUCAGACAUUGUUGAUCAGAGCAAUAAAAACAAGGAUAAUUAGAUCCUUACUAAGGAGGAGGUAAUCAAAGAAGAGGAUUUAAUUGAGAAAUAUCAGGAGUACCUCAACCUCAAGCAACUUUAGAACAUGGAAUUAAAGGAUGAUGAAAGAUCAAGUAGUCUAGUUGAGACUCAAUUCUCCUAUGAUUUAGAAAAAUUCGACUAUGCUCUUUAGAAGCAAAUGAUGAGAGAGCUCUUUAACGAAUGGCUUCAAGACUCUGAAAAUCAUCAUAAUUCACUCGAAUUACUAAAUAAGUUCAAGUAAAUGACUACGAACUCUGCUUCCUCGCUAUGUGAAUAGUUAAGGAUUGUAUUAGAACCUCAGCUAUCAUAACACUUGUAAGGAGAUUACAAAACAGGAAAGCGCCUCAAUAUGAAGAAAGUCAUUUCAUUCAUAGCAUCACAUUAUAGAAAUGAUAAGAUAUGGCUUAGAAGGACGAUGCCAUCAAAGAGAGAUUAUAAGAUUUUGAUUGCUAUUGAUGACUCAUUGAGUAUGAAGGAAAAUAAUUUAGGCUUCUUUAGUUUAGAGUCUCUAGUUACCAUUAUGGAAGCUCUCAAUAGACUCGAAGUUGGCAAAGUAGCAGUGGCUGGUAUCAGAGAAAGACUAGAUAUAUUCUAGUCAUUUGAAGACGGAUACUCUAAUGAGAGAACAGCUUUCAUAGUCAAUCAAUUCAGUUUUAAUUACAGUGGACCUAAGAGCGCUGACUAUGCUAUGGCUAACUUUGUGAGAGACACAAAUCAGUUAUUUGAUUCUUAAAACAGUGGAGGAGAUACCAUGAACUGUCCUUUCGUUAUUGUGCUUUCAGAUGGUAGAUUCAACAAAAAUAAUGUGAGGCCAUAUUUAAAUGAGGCAAAGGAAAAGAAAUACUUAUACAUCUUUGUAAUUUUGGACUCAGUUAAUAGCGCUGAAAAGUCAAUAGAUGGUCAAAAGAAGGCAUCUAAUAACAAGGGAGACGGCAGUAUCUUAAGUAUGAAGAGUGUUGAGAAAAAUGAGGACACCGGAGCAAUCAAGCUAGUUCCAUACUUAAGGGAUUUCCCAUUUGAGUAUUAUUGCAUAGUAAGAGACAUUCAUCAGCUGCCUUCAGCACUAGGAACUAUUUUGGUAUAAUGGUUCUCGUUAAUGAGCGGAAGUAACUCUAAAUGA